ACCACGCAAGAGGGCGGUGGGCGCGGGGUGAUGACGUAACGGCCCCAUGUUUGCGCCGCUUUCGCCGCUCCGGUUAGCUGCUGGCUGAGCGGCCCCGACUGGACUCCAUUCAGGCGGACUUUUAAGUUGGAGCUGCGAGAAAAGCUGGCCCCCGGAGGCGCCCCCCCGCAGCUAGUGUCCUCUCGCUAGCUUGCGACCCACGUUUACUGCCCGCUGCGGAGACUUGCGGUAUGUGGCUAGCGGGCCGACGUUAGCCUCACGGAUCGCAAACGGGCCGCGAGAAACACGCACUAGAUCGCGGGCUACCGGCCCCGAAGCUCACGGUCCGUCUGUCCGUCCGGUCAACAUGGCGACGGACGUGACCUCGCCGCCGCAGCGCUUCUUCCACAUGCCGCGCUUCCAGCACCAGGCGCCGCGCCAGGUCUUCUACAAGCGGCCCGACUUCGCGCAGCAGCAGGCCAUGCAGCAGCUCACCUUCGACGGCAAGCGCAUGAGGAAGGCCGUCAACCGCAAAACCAUCGACUACAACCCCUCCGUCAUCAGAUACCUGCAGAAUCGGCAGUGGCAACGAGACCAUCGCGACCUGCGAGCCAUCCAACCCGACGCCGGAUGCUACAAUGACUUGGUUCCUCCGAUAGGAAUGCUGAACAACCCCAUGAACGCCGUCACCACCAAGUUUGUGCGCACGUCCACCAACAAAGUCAAAUGUCCCGUCUUUGUCAUCCGGUGGACUCCUGAGGGGCGUCGGCUGGUGACGGGCGCGUCCAGCGGCGAGUUCACGCUGUGGAACGGACUGACGUUCAACUUUGAGACCAUUUUACAGGCCCACGACAGUCCGGUGCGCGCCAUGACGUGGUCUCACAAUGACAUGUGGAUGCUCACGGCGGAUCACGGCGGCUACGUCAAGUACUGGCAGUCCAACAUGAACAACGUGAAGAUGUUCCAGGCGCACAAGGAGGCCGUGAGAGAAGCCAGUUUCUCACCCACUGAUAGUAAAUUCGCCACCUGCUCGGAUGACGGCACCGUCCGGAUUUGGGACUUCCAGCGCUGCCACGAGGAGCGCAUCCUUCGAGGUCACGGUGCUGACGUCAAGUGUGUGGACUGGCACCCCACUAAAGGGCUGGUGGUGUCCGGCAGCAAAGACAGUCAGCAGCCAAUCAAAUUCUGGGACCCCAAGACCGGACAGAGUCUGGCAACCCUACACGCCCACAAGAACACAGUGAUGGAGGUGAAGUGGAACACCAACGGGAACUGGCUGCUGACAGCGUCGCGCGACCACCUGUGCAAACUCUUUGACAUCCGCAACCUGAAGGACGAGCUGCAGGUUUUCCGAGGACACAAAAAGGAAGCCACGGCGGUGGCCUGGCAUCCCAUCCACGAAGGGCUGUUUGCCAGCGGAGGCUCCGACGGUUCUUUGCUCUUCUGGAACGCGGGGGUGGAGAAGGAAGUUGGAGGCAUGGAGAUGGCUCACGAGGGAAUGAUCUGGAGUUUGGCCUGGCACCCGCUGGGUCACAUCCUGUGCUCGGGCUCCAACGACCACACCAGCAAAUUCUGGACCAGGAAUCGUCCCGGCGACAAAAUGAGGGACCGCUACAACCUCAACCUUCUACCUGGCAUGUCGGAGGACGGCGUGGAGUACGACGACAUGGAGCCGAACAGCAUGGCGGCCAUCCCCGGAAUGGGCAUUCCCGAGCAGCUGAAGGUCGCCAUGGAGCAGGAACAGAUCCAUAAGGAGGCCGGUCCGGAGGAGAUGUCCAUCCCGGGCCUGGACUGGGGCAUGGAUGAGGUGAUGGGCAAGGACAACAGGAAGGUCCCCCAAAAGAAGGUCCCCUACGCCAAGCCCAUCCCGGCGCAGUUCCAACAGGCCUGGGCGGAGAAUAAAGUUCCCACGAUGGCCCCUUCGCGGGACGGCCCCAAAGAGCGCAAGGCGGAGCCCAAAGUGGACGGCAAGAAGAGAAGUCAAGUGGAACUGGAGCAGGAAAUGGCGGCGCUGCAGUACACCAACCCCAAGCUGCUGGAGCAGCAGAUGAAACUGGAACGCAUGAACCAGAAGAGCUCGGACGGCCCCCAGCCGGGACCGGGCCCGAUGGCCCCCUUCUCGGGCUCCGCCGGACAGCAGAACUUUCCUCCCUCCCAGUCCAACAGCAUGGGCCCCUCCCCCAUGGGGCCUUCGUUCAUGCCCCCCGCCCAGAUGGGCUCUUCCUCGGGGCACGGGCAGGGCAUGAUAGGGGGUCCGCCGGACAUUCAGAGGCACCCGGCCCCCCUCAGGAACGUCGGCAUGGGGCCCGGACCCAGGGGAAUGCCGGGUCCGCACGGGGGAAUGAUGGGGCCCCCCUCCAGAGGGAUGGGGCCUCGGGCCGCGCAGGGUCCUCAGCCGCAGCAGGGGGGCAUGAUGCCUCCUCAAGGGGGCAUGCUGGCCCCCCUGCCCAGGACACACAAUAAUAGCUUUGGGAUGGGGGGGAUGCACGGGCUCCCGGGUAACAUGCAGGGCCCCCCCUACAUGCAGCACCAGGCUCAGACCCCGGGACCCCCCGUGCAUGCCAGGGGCCAGCAGGGCCCCAACAGCAAAGACCCCCGGGGGCCGGCCCCCAACCACCACAUGGGCCCUCCGGACCGCCAAGGCCCGGGGGGCCCCGAGCACUACUGGGGCGACGACCCGCACGAUCCGCAGGACGGGGGCCAGGACUUCCACAGCCGCGCGGAGGAGGCCUGGAGACCCGCACCCGCCUUUUCCGGGGGGUCGGGGCACCGGGUCGGGGGAGGUCCCCUGCGGGGAGGCGGGGCGGCCGGCUGGGGUCCCGAAGACAGGCCGCCCCGAGACGGCGGGGGAGAGUUCAGAGGGCGGCGAGACGACAGGUUCCGAGGAGGCCCGGGGCGGCCCGGAGGCCGAGGCUACCCCGAAGAAUACGCCGGCCAAGAGGACGCGUUUGACGCCCACGAAGACAUCAGGGGCUGGCCACGCGGCAGAGGAGGUCACGACGGCUACCGCGACGGACACCCCCUCCACGACGGCGCGUCCCCGGCCGGCCGCGAGCGCUCGCUGUCCCUGCAGGGGAUGGACAUGGCGUCCUUGCCGCCGCGGAAACGACCCUGGCAGGACGGACCCGGAACCGCCGACCACCGAGAACGAGACGCGCCGGGCGCAGAUGCAGGUCGACUUCCUCAGCGCGACGACGGCAUCUACGGGCCGCCCGGCCGCGGCGCCCGGGGAGGCUGGGGGCCCGGCCUCAGGAGAGGGGGGCCCCCCGUGCGGGGCGCGCCGAGGGGCCGCAACCGCUAGUCGUCGCAAGAGAGGACGCCGCCCGAUCUUCCUUCGUUGUUUUCUUUUUUUUUGUAAGAAAUUUCUAUGUUUUGUCUUUUGACCGACUGGACAAUAAACAAACCCUCACACGGAA